AAAUUCGUAUGUAAUCGUCGGGGAUCUUCUGAAGAUGGGCACCUUGAAAUUUUUUGAGCACGAAAAAGUAGGGAAGUGUCGCGACUAUAUAUACCAAUAUGACCACUUUUCUCAUCAGUGUAUCUCAAUUCGUCAACCGUAUCAAGAUGAAACUUUUGCUCGCCGCUGCUUUCCUCGCUGUAGCUUCUGCUCUUCCAGCAGGCCCUGUUCAGUACAAACAGGGUGAACCUAUUCCAAUAUUGAGACUGGAAAAUGAGGGAGUUCAAGCUGAUGGCUCAUACAAAUUUGGAUUCGAAACCGCCAAUGGAAUCGCCCAAGAAGAAAUUGGACAAUUGAAACAAAUCCCUGAAAGCCAAGAACCUGUCAACGAAGUUCAAGGUCAAAUCAGAUAUACCUCCGAAGAUGGAACUCCAAUCGUCUUGAGCUACAUCGCAAACGAAAAAGGAUUCCAACCUCAAGGUGACCAUCUUCCAACCUCUCCACCAAUCCCAGAAGCUAUCUUGAGAUCUUUGGAAUACAACGCUGCUCAUCCUGAAGAAAACGAACAAGGACCAAUUGGUAAACCACAAAGGUACUAAGGGCCAAGGCAGAAUGGAAGACUCUCUGUAUAUAGCAAUAUUGUGAUGCUGUGAUUCUGUAAUUUUUUCGGCAUUUUCUUGCCGAGGAAAAUUUGUAAUAAACUUAAUAAUAUCAA